GGCCUUAUCUUAUUUGGGCUUUACAUUUAAAACAGACGAAGCUCAAAGAAACAAAAACAAAAAUCUUGACCUGGCAGUGGGACCCAGAGAAAAUCUUGACUCGCUGCUCUGUUUCGAGUUAAGUUGCUUCUUCUUCGUGUCGGAAUCUGAUCCUCAGAAAUUACAUUCUAGAUAAGAAAAGAAGAUAAGGGACACGUGUCAAAAAUCCAACAGCCCCGAACACAUUUGUUUGUAACACACACACACACAAAACUCUUCUUCAUUCUCUUACGACACCUUUCUCCCGAGUUCCGACAAUGGCUUCAGCAUCAGCGACAGCUACCCUCCUCAAACCCAAUCCUCCGCCGCAUAAACCGUCCAUCACCGCCUCCGUAUCUCCUCCUCUUCCUCCCCCGCGUCGCAGCCCCCUCCUCCGCCGCGAUUUCCUCUCUCUAGCCGCCACAUCCACUGUUCUGGCGCAAUCAAUCCAGUUCCUAGCUCCGGCGCCGGCUUCUGCCGCCGAAAACGAAGAGUAUGUUAAAGAUACAUCGGAAGUGAUCAGUAAAGUUAGGAACACGCUUUCGAUGGCGAAGACAGAUCCGAAUGUGGCCGACGCGGUGGCUGAGCUGAGAGAAGCGUCCAACUCAUGGGUUGCCAAGUACCGGAAAGAGAAAGCUCUUCUCGGAAAAACCUCUUUCAGGGACAUUUACUCGGCGUUGAAUGCGGUUUCAGGUCAUUAUGUGAGUUUUGGUCCGACGGCUCCGAUCCCGGCGAAGAGGAAGGCGAGGAUUCUUGAAGAGAUGGAGACUGCUGAGAAAGCUCUCUCAAGAGGCAGAUAAGAUUACUGUGUGAGUGAGACCUAACAAUUCCUUCUUCUCCAUUUUCUUGUUGAUGAAAUUUUAUUCUCCUUAUUAAAAAAAACAAAAUGCCAAUCAAAAUUAAUAUGAGAAGAUAUUUGGUUUCCUAUGUAAAAUAAAUACUUUUGAUCUCCUGUACGGUAAUUUUUUCUUAAAUUAUCAUUUAUCAGAGAUACUUAUCUAGUAA